ACCGACCGACUCGACUCGACAUGCACGCCGUCGCGUUCGACUCCACACUGCACUCGUCACGCCACCCCAAAAGCCGACAAUUCCAGUCAAAGAUGCGGGACGUAAAAAGGUGCAGUCAACGGUUAGUUAUAUUAGCUGCGAUAUUUCCUGAAAUUUUUUAUAUUAUGUUGGAAUGGAUAGGCGCCAGCUAAGAAAGUGCAAGUCGACCUCUGCAAAAGCUGGAGCUCAGCCUCUUAACUCAAUCAAUGUUUGCAAGAAAGUAGAGGUACGCCUGAACCCUUCAUUCUACCACAAGUAUAAGUGUCCCCCUAUGAAGCGAAGGAGACCAAGCAGUGAAGAAGAUGAUUCUCAUUGGCUGUUGGGUCAAAACCCUCUAGCACGCGUCAAGCAGGUUCCCGUAGUAAGGGCCAAGACUCCUGAGGCGAUUGAAGAUUCUAAAGCUGACAUACGUGCAAAGAUUGCUUCAGCAACACCAGAUAAAAACACUAACCCAGCAGACUUGAGUCAAGUUACCCCAAGCCCAGUAAACUCAAGCUCCACAAAGAGGCUAGAUUCUGGGAUAGGGAGUGAGAUUGGUAGUGGCAGUGAGAAUAUGGAUCUAGAUAGAUGUCCCUCACCGAUUGCUUCCGGGUCAUCAAUGAAUAAUCAGGGUUCAAAGGUCACAGAAGUUCAUAAUGAUAGGAUACAUUCGGUCAGUGGUCAUGACGACAUGGAGGCAGAGCACCUACAGGCCAUGGCUGGCAUAGAGCUUUUGAGGUCAAGAGUUAAAGAAUUGAAGAGAACUAAAUUAGAGCUGGAGAGGAGAAAAAUGGAGUUAUGUGAGGUCCGUGAGGAAGCAAGGAAAGACAUGGAAGAGGUGGAGAGAAGAGCACACCUUAACAUGUCUGCAUCUGUUCAGAAGGAGAGAGAAGCCAUCAAGAAACAGGCUGAAAAGGAUGUAGAAGCUAUUAGGAAGGAGAGCAAGGCAUACCAAGAGACGCUUCGAAAACAGGCAGAAAUAGACAGGACAUCAUUUGAGAAACUAUACAACAGUCAGUUACAGACCCUACGUAAACACGCAGAAAAAGAACUCGAGUCAGAGCAUGCCAAAGCCAAGAAGAAUGAACGAGCCGCUGUCAAGGCUGCUGAGGAGAAGAUUCUGAGAAAGAUGGACUCCAUGCAGAGAAAGAUGCAAGGCAAAAUAGACGCAGCUGAAAAGGAAAGAAAGAAAAUGGUGGAAGAUACCCAGAGAGAGGCCAAAAGGGAGGUAGAGAGUUAUCAAAGAACGGCAGAGCAGGCUGUGAUUAGGUAUAACAAGCUCAUUGCAGAGUACAACGUUUUAGAGGGGCGGAUAACAGGUGCUGCCAGACUUUUAAGUCCAACAAAUCCAAGGGCAUUAAAAGAAGGCGGUAAAAGCUAAGACCAAGAAUUCUACAUUGUGCUGUAACUUGAUAAUCUGGGUCAACAUACAUGAUCAGACAGCUUGUACAUGAUGACCUCAUCUGAAACAUGGAGCUGUUGCCUGAGUAGAUGUAGACAGAAGGCAUUUUGCCACCUAAUCUAAAUUAGGUCUCUGUGUUCCUAUUCCUGGGCUUUUUGCCAUUGUAGCCCGAUUUUAGGCAAAGGGAAAGAGCCCCCCCCCCCCCCCCCCCCCCUCCCACUCUUCAUUUUACUCAUUGAACAUUAGUCUAUUUUGCCCUGGAUGUGUUAUCUAAUUCAUUACAACCUGUUAAUUAAGAGAAAUUGUUUGAUAAUUUGUGUUAGUUAUGGCAACCCGUAGAAUUUUCAUGACAGUACAUGUAUCCCCAGAAACUUAUACAGUUAUGAUUAGAGUCUCAAGUUUAAACAGGAAUAAGAUUAUUUUCCUGUCACUCAGAUUGACAGAUACGUGUUGAUAGAGACUUAGUAUGCAGGCACAAAACCUGUCCGGUCUUCUAGGGUCUGAACUGUAAGACUGUAGAAUGCACCUUGUGGGCCCUGUAAUCUAAUUGCUUGUAUUUACACUCAGCUUGGAGUGGGCUUCUAUCAAGGUGCUAUGCAUUUGUUAUACUGUCAAAUGAGAGUCUUUCCUUGGGGACUAGUACAAACUUGAUUGAAUUGCUUUUGUUUUUAAGAGUAGGAGGGGAAUGAGCUCCUUCAUUAGUAACAGUAUUUGUACCCCAAGUUUUGCGAAUAUUAAGGUUUCCUCUGCCCAAUCGUAUUGGUGUAACAUUUUUGGAGAAAAAAAAAUCAUCAUCUUAGUACUUAAAAAUAUGUACAUGUAGUUUUUCCUGCCCAAAUUGACAAUUACAACAUCUAAAUGGUGUACUUGAAACCACCAAUAGACUACCAUGAUUCUCAAACCAAUGAGGUAUGUGAUGUUCUUUAUGAUAGAGAAGAUAUGUUUGGUGUAAUGCAGGGUGAUCGUAAGAAAUGUCAACCUGUAUAUUUUACCAGCAUGACUCGAUUUUGAGAGGAGCAUUAAGGCCGCUGAAGAGGGGCACAUGUCAUGCUGUGUGGCCACAAGGUAAUUUGAGGUGUGUAAUUGGGGUUAAGACAUUUCAUCUGUUUGGAGCCAGAAGGGUGUUAAGUCAUACUUUAACAAAGAGUUAAUGCCCUUCUGGUUCUUGACAUACAUGUAGUUCAGGGGGUGUUUC